UCCUGCUGCCCGGUCUGAGAGUUGAGGGACAUAGGUCCGCGACUCUGGUGUCUUGGAAGCAGAAAAGUGAGGGGAGGCACUGUGUUUCUCACAAGGGAGAAUAUAUUUUCCCACGUUUUAUCCAAUCUAGACUCCUCUUCCCUCUUCAUCAGGGACGGGGAAAGGAUGUCCUGCGACCACACAACGGCCCCACCUCUUCCUGAGGACGGGCGCGUGAUGCCGGAAGUGGGCGUGGUAAUAUGGAGGCGUUUCCGGCAGGCCCCGGCGGCUGAAAGCCGGGGCGGGAGUGCGGUCCGGGGACGGGUUCCUGUCCCGGUCCCGCCAAGGCGGCGCCUGCAGCAGGAGAAGGGAGGUGUUGGGCUCGCUGGCCCGUUGCCGCUGUACAUUACAACCUUAUCUCAACUCAAAAUGAACUAUAUGCCUGGCACCGCCAGCCUCAUCGAGGACAUCGAUAAAAAGCACUUGGUCCUGCUUCGAGAUGGAAGGACACUUAUAGGCUUUUUAAGAAGCAUUGAUCAAUUUGCUAACUUAGUGCUACAUCAGACUGUGGAGCGUAUUCAUGUGGGCAAAAAAUACGGUGAUAUUCCUCGAGGGAUUUUUGUGGUCAGAGGAGAAAAUGUGGUCCUUCUAGGAGAAAUAGACUUGGAAAAGGAGAGUGACACACCCCUCCAGCAGGUGUCUAUUGAAGAAAUCCUAGAAGAACAAAGGGUGGAACAGCAGACCAAGCUAGAAGCAGAGAAGCUGAAAGUGCAGGCCCUCAAGGACCGAGGCCUCUCCAUCCCUCGGGCAGAUACUCUGGAUGAGUAUUAAGUCUUUUGCUCGAGGAUAGUUGCUCUCGGGGAGCAGGAGCUGUCACUGAAACAGAAGUGACAUCCUGGUCACCUUUGACCAGAGACUGUAGAAUUUUGAAAAGUCAUUUUUAUUUUGAAUUCUUUUACUUACGCAAAGUGAAGAAAUCAUGUGGCUUUUUUUUUUUUUUUUUUUUUUUAAAUAACAAAAUCAUUGUUUAAAGCAACAGUGGCAUGGACUCCUUUCUCACAUCACUGUGGAGCCAGCAGUUUCUUCUUUAUAUUGCUUUCAUUAUUCCAAAUUUGACUUGAUAAGAGACGUUUUUCACUUACUUGUAAAUAAAAUAUGAAUCUCAAAACCGUCAGUUUUAUCCCCCAAGUUUGAGUUGCCUCCAGUGAAUAGAUUAAGAUUCUGCUCUCAAAGGUAUGAGCAGUCCACACUGGGAUUGUCCCCUUCUGUCACAAUUUCAAGCUGCUAGUUACACAGAAAUAUUUGCAUACUAAGUAUCUUGGAGGUCUUCUUCCCCUCUGUCUUUUUCACGUUUGUAUCUCAUAAGAAAUAGAAAUUUUCAGGCUUAAGGAAAGAGAUUUCAGGUAAGUGUUCCAGUAACUGAUUGUAAUAGGAGCCUAAUGUUUGAGAAGACUCAAAACUCAGGGGACUUGGGUUCGAUUCCUGGCCUGUGCAUUCCAUGUGUAGCCACCAUCUAGCUGUUGGUGGAGGCUUACGUGCUGCUACGAUGUUGAGCAGGCUUCAGCGGAGCUUCCAGACCAAAGGACUAGUUAAAGGCCUGGCAAUCUGCUUGAGAAAAUCAGCAGGGAAAACUCAGUGGAUCACAACGAUCCAUUCCAGUUGUGCAAGGGGCCACCGUGAGUCGGGGGCCAACUUGAUGGCAGCAGCAGUACCUGAGAAACACUGCUGCUCUUGCUGCUCCUGCGUCACCAGCAGCUGUUCCAGAGUAAGUUCCCGUAAGGUGGAACAUUUUCCUAAAGUGACUUUUUCUCAAUCUUCUGUUAAUUCAGUUUGAUUUUCUAGCCCUUUGGAUUGAGUCUUGAGCCUCUUGUGCUAUGAUCAUCAAAAAAGAGCAUCGAAAAUGGUGGUUUAGUGACUGAUAGAGCAGGCUAUUUUGUGUCUUGGCCAACAGCCCAGAGGGAUGCUGCUUUUUUAGUGUGAUUGUUGAACAGCAACAAUUGCACAGCGAGUGUAACAGACCAAGUGUGGUUUAGUGGACGGUGGACUGACCGAGGAAUUAAGAGACACAGGUUAGAAUCUGGCUCUGCUCUCUGUAGAAUGUGGGCUUAAGCAACUCAGUCCUUCUCUCUGACUCUUAGUUUUUCCCAGCUAUAGAAUUACUCCAGACAUUUUUAAAAGUCUGUUGGUCAAAGACUUCGUUUUCGUAAGAUACUUAUAUCUAGUUCCUAUGUGUGAAUUAAGGUCCCUAGGUGAUGCAAAUUGUUUGCAUUCAACUGCUAAACUAAAGGUUGGUGGUCCAAACCCACCCAGGAGCACCGCAGAAGGAAGUCCCGCUGAUCCAUUUCUGUAAAGAACACAGCUGAGAAGACCUACGGAGCAGUUCUGCCCCAACACACGGGUCACCGUGAGUCAGACUCAGUGGCAACGGGUUUGGUUUUUUUGUUUGCUGUGUGAAUUAUUUUUAUAGUAUUUAAUAUACUUAACAUUUUACAAGCUCAAAUGUUUUUAAAAUUGCCCAAAAUGCCUGUAAACCAUAUGACUUCUGAACUGUUCACUGUUGUUUUGGUUUUAAUAUAGGUAAUUUAUAAAGAAA